AUGGCCGCCACUAACUAUUAUGCCGAUUUCGCCACCAACAACACCACCGCCUCCAACAUAUACAACUACUCCGCUCCCACAUACUAUGAUAAUAGCAACAGCUAUUAUCAGCAAAACAACAGCACCUGGAAUCCAGCCACCUACAAUCCCAACUAUGCCGCCCAAUACAAUGCUCCCGUUAUGGAUGGAUCUCUGUACAAUGAUUACUACAACUACCAAAGCGUAGUGGAUAUCCAACAACCACAACAGCCAGCUCAAGCCCUCGAAGCCCCCAAAGAAACAUUAAAGAGAAAAGCCCACGAAUUGGAAGAAGAAGUCAAACCAGAACCCAAACCCGAAGUUGAAGAGCCACCAAGCAAAUUGCGUGCCUUGUUGACCAACCCCGUCAAGAAGUUGAAAUACUCUCCCGAUUAUUAUUACACCACCUUCGAAAAAGUUAACAAGGCCCCAGCUCCAGUUGCCAGCGAAAAGCAACAAAUCUCAAUGCCCAGUGCCACACCACCCAGCAGCUACGAACAGGAUUUCUUGGCCGCCCACACUCCUGCCACCCAACACAGCAUUUUGUCUCCCCAACGCAGUGAUGUGGAUUACUUGGAUGUCUACUCGCCCCAAUCCCUCAAAGUUUCCACACACGGCAACAACAACAUGAAACAAAACGUAUCUCAACCCGCUACUCCCGCCUCAUUGGUCGAUGGCAUCAGCACCCCACCCCUAUCGCCCAACGACAAACAUGUCAGCCAAAUCAAUCAAACCGCCGAACAACAACAUGAAUUCAAUCAAAUGAUGUCAGCAAACGACUACAAUUGGUCGAAUUGCGAAGACAGCCCUGCAUCAGAUUGCAAAGACUCAAAACGCACCCGCCAAACCUACACCCGCUACCAAACUUUGGAAUUGGAGAAGGAAUUCCACUUCAACCGUUACAUUACCCGUCGUCGUCGCAUUGACAUUGCCAAUGCCUUGGGUUUGACUGAACGUCAAAUUAAGAUCUGGUUCCAAAACCGUCGCAUGAAGUCCAAGAAGGAUCGCACCCUAGAAGGACCCAUGGAACAUGGUCUCAACUAUGCCGCCAUGCCAUUGGAUGCCAAUGUCAAUGGUCAAGUUCCAUUUGUUGCCGCACACCAAACCGUGGCACCCAACACUGCUGCUGCCGCAGGAUCGUACCCCGCUUACUUGUCAACCGGACCACAAUCAUUCCCCGCCGCUGCCGCCUACCACCAUCAUCACUCGCCCGAACACUACGGCCAACAAUAUGAAACCUCAGCUCAACAUGCCUACCCACACCACCCUCAUCAUCAGCACCAACACGCUCAUUAUCUGGCCGAUGCCCAGCAAUACAGCACCGCUGCUCAUUUCGCCCAAACUGGUUAUUCUCAACACCAGCACCAACAACAAAUGUAUCAAAUGGCCUAA